AAGAAAGAGUGAGAUAUUCAUCCGCGCAAAUCCACGUCACCUCAUUCCACAGUACACAAAGCUCGUUCUCGUGUUCAUCGGCCAAAAUCUAGGAUUAUAUUAAUUCUUCAAAUCCAUUUGUAUUUCUUAAUUAAUUAUCUUCACCUAGGAAAUAUACAUAUUCAUUCAUCUCCACCUCAGUCAACCGGAAAUCUCUCCAUCCCGGCCGCGUAAUUUCUCAUCGACGCCAUCUCUCUUUCUCUCUCCUCCCGCUUUUAUUGCAACCCCAGAGAUCUGCUACUCUAAUUAAACCUCUAUAUCUUCGCACUCCAACUUCAAAUCUUCAAUUCAAUUCAACCUCAACUCAAAUUUCAAAUCUUGGAGAGAGAAACACAAACUAGAGAGAGUUAGAGAUGGAUCGGAGAAGAGCGCUAAGUCCGGUGUAUACAAGGCAGUGGAGCAGCAACUCUAGCAGCACCGAUUCAGUAUCACCGGCGAUGUCACCAGCUCACCCUAGCUCUCGCCUCGGCACCGGUUACUCAACAGUUAAGCGUACUCAGAACGUCGCUGCUAAAGCCGCUGCUCGGAGAUUGGCUCAGGUUAUGGCUACUCAAACUGCUACCGAUGAUGAUGACGACGACGAUGAUAAUGAUGAUCAUACUGAUCUUGGAUUGCGCUUUGGUGCUCCUCCUCCGUCUUUCGUUCCAAAGGCUAAGAAUUCUACCAAUGGCUUUCAUUCUCAGUUACCUGCUCUCUCCCCUGCCCGCCCUUCCAACCGCGCUCCGUCGCCUGCGUUAGGUAGGAACUAUGUAGAUCACAACACACAUUCUGUACGUUCAGCAUCAGCUGGAAGGUCAGCGACAUUUCGCCAUUCUGCGGUUUCACAAUCUUCUAAAGUGGCUAUAAAGACUCCUGCUGCGAUCCCACCGAUAGACCUUCCCACUCCCAAGACAAGAGCAGAUAAAAGGUUUCCGGAUUUAGGUCAUCUCAAUUUGAAAGAUCCAGGAAGUGGGCCAGAAGAUGCUGCUCUUCUCGAUGAAUUGGAUAUGCUGCAACAAGAGAAUGAAAAUGUCCUUGAACAGCUCCGAGAGGCUGAAAGAAAACGUGAAGAAGCGGAGGCCAGAGCAAAAGAACUUGAAAGACAGGUUGCAUCUAUGGGUGAAGGUUUAUCUCUGGAAGCUAAAUUGUUGAGCAGGAAGGAAGCAGCAUUACGUCAAAGGGAGGCUGCCCUUGUGGCUGCAAAGCAACGUAGGGAAGGCAAAGAGGAAAUGGAGACCUUACAUUCAGAAAUUGAGAACCUAAGGAUGGAGGCUGCAACAACUAUGGACAAGCUUCAAGAAGCUGAGUCUGAGGCAAAAUCUAUGCGCACCAUGACUAAGAGAAUGGUUUUGACCCAGGAAGAGAUGGAGGAAGUAGUUCUUAAGAGGUGCUGGCUUGCCCGUUAUUGGGGCCUGGCUGUUCAGUAUGGCAUUUGUGCUGAUAUAGCAGGGUCCAAGUAUGAACAUUGGUCUAGAUAUGCUCCUCUUCCAUUUGAAGUUGUUAUAUCUGCAGGACAGAAGGCCAAGGAGGAUUCCUUAAACAAAGACGAGAGUAAUUCAAGUAGAUGGAGCAAGUCUGGCCGAGAUACCAGUGAUCAUUCUGCAGAAGGAAACAUUGAAACUAUGCUUUCAGUAGAAAUGGGUUUAAGGGAAAUGGCUUCCUUGAAGAUUGAGGAUGCAGUUGCACUGUCAAUGGCACAGAAAAGACGCCCGAAUUUAGUCCGAGAUUUCAAAGUGGCGGGUGAUCCGAAGUUCAUGGAGUCAUUUGAACUAAGUCAAGAGGAGUCAGAUGAUGUUCUCUUUAAAGAGGCUUGGCUCACAUAUUUUUGGAAAAGAGCAAGAGAUCACCAAGUCGAGGAAGACAUUGCUGAAGAGCAACUUCAAUUGUGGACCAGCCGAAGUGGACAGUCUCCAGCAUUGCAGGAUGCAGUUGAUGUUGAACGUGGUCUGAUUGAGCUACGCAAACUUGGGUUAGAACAGCAACUUUGGGAAACAUCUCGCAAAGAGAUUGAGAAUUAUUCCCCUUCAAUGGAAGUUGUCAGCCACAAACAUGACGUUGAAUCGGAGAAUUCCACAUGAUGGACUUUGGGCGACUAUACUGUGUGGUAAUUAAUUCUAUUUUCACCCUUUUCCUUGGUUAUUUUAAAUGUAAUGCCUGGCAUUUUUGUUCAGUUCACUGAGUUCUAUACCUUUGAGAAUCAAGUGUAGAGGUUGGUGGCAUUCUGUAUGUGGUUAGUCUCUUGAUAUGAAUCCUUGUAAAUUUGGUGUGUAAUUAAGUUUCCUGUAUAAAAUUUGAGAAAUUCAGUAAAUUUUGAAAUCAAUAGGUUUUGCGAUUA